AUGACUGAGAAAGGGGCGGGCGUGAAGGAGAAGGAGAUUGCUCUGGGGAGAGCGAAGAGAGGUGAGUUGGCCGCCAGAGGUGCUCAGGCUGCACUGAAUGAUAUGAUGGACGCAGCAAUGAAGGCCAAGGCGUUAGCGGUGGAAGCGAAAGUGAACGCUGAUGCUGCUGCGGGUGUGGUUACAAAAUUUCUUCGUACAAAGGAGGAGGUUAAAAAUGUUGCGCUGGCUGUUAAGAAUCUUCAACAGCCUUCUGACACCCAAGAACCCAAAGUUCUGGGUGAUGCAAAGAAAGCAAAGGAAAGCAUCACGGAGGUCUUGCGUAGCGCGAACGUAAUAAUGGUGAAGGCUGCGAGUCAACUUCAGGACGGCGUUAUAGCAGAGACAAAGGCAGCGGAGGCGCUGCAGCACAUCGGCUGGGCGGAGACUAAUUGCACUGAUGCGGAUGAGUACGUUAAGGAUGCAGUGGGGGCUGCAAAGGCCACAGUGACGGCUGCAAAGACGGCGGUGGACCGCUGCCUCAUUGAGGUGCGGAGGGCACACAAUGCGGCGGUUAGGCUUCAUGUUGCAGCUGCCGGAGUCGAGAGAGCAGCGCAGGAAGUUGUAGCCUUAAUGGGCGAUGCUAAGGAAGAGUUGUUACCAAGGAAGAAUGAAAUAUUAAAUGGAGUGAAGACAGAGACCACGAAGGCGACAGAUGAUGCCACGUCGCAAUCGUUAGCCUUCAGCGAUGUUACAAACAAUGUUGUUGCGGCAGUAAAGAGUGUUGAUGACGCACUGACGUCUACGAAAGCGGAACAGCAGCCCACCGCAAGUGUGGUGCUGAAAAGUAUGUCGGCUACAUCAGCCGCCGAAAAUGCGCUGAGGGAGGCUGAGAAGGAACUGGGAGAACUUCAGGUCAAAGUGCGGCAGCCCGAUCAAACUGAGAGUGGAGGGGAGAAGAUGGAGGAAAAGGAGUUGAAGAAGGUAAGGGGAAAUGAAGGACUCAACUACCCACAGAAACCUGAAGAGAAUGCCGCAAAUUCAAAGGGCGACGCUCAUGAGCAUUCCUCCCUGACCGAGGAGGCCAAACCUCCACCUGUUACUGAAGAAAAGCCUACAGCACAAUACUCCAAAACGGAAACGAUCACCGCCCCUUCGUCUGUGCCUGCUACUAUGCCUGAGCCCAACAGUAACAUCUCUGCGGCUGUCAAUGAGCUUCUUUCCAGCAAUGCGGAUGGCAACAGCAAACGUGCGUGGGUGCGCAGGCCAUUGAUGCUGCUGUUACUGGUCUGUAUGGCUAUGUGGUAA